UGACAUCAGUAAGUAAACAGUACCCCUGUCAUUGGAAAGCGAUUUAUGUUUUGAAGCAAACUAAGAAUUCAAGGAGCGAGGUAUAGUCAAGUGUGUAUUACGGGGGAUGGUGCGUCGCUUGGCGUUCGAGCAGCUGCCGUUCUUCCCGAUAAAAGGUGUUCCCAGCACAGGGGUGCUAUGUUCACAGACAUGGAAUUUGAAUUGGAAGAGGAUAAAUUAGGGAUACCUACAGUACCUGGGACGGUCUGUCUGAAAAAAGACGCAAACAACCUAAUUGGAAUCAGCAUCGGUGGCGGUGCUCAAUACUGUCCCUGUCUCUACAUUGUCCAGGUGUUUGACAACACGCCCGCAGCCUUGGAUAAGACGCUUGCAGCAGGUGAUGAAAUCACAGGCGUCAAUGGCAAACCAGUCAAGGGGAAGACAAAAGUGGAAGUGGCCAAGAUGAUUCAAGCUGUACAGUCCGAAGCAGUAAUCCACUACAACAAAUUGCAAGCAGACCCAAAACAGGGAAAGUCCCUGGACAUAGUGCUGAAAAAAGUGAAACAUCGGCUGGUGGAAAAUUUGAGCUCUGGCACCGCAGACGCCCUGGGACUCAGUCGAGCUAUUUUAUGCAACGAUGGACUUGUUAAAAGACUGGAAGAAUUGGAGAAAACAGCAGAACUUUACAAAGGCCUGAUGGAGCACACCAAGCGACUGCUCAGAGCCUUUUUUGAGCUCUCACAAACGCACAGAGCGUUUGGAGAUGUUUUUUCUGUCAUCGGAGUGCGAGAGCCCCAAACCGCUGCCAGCGAGGCCUUUGUGAAGUUUGCCGACGCUCAUCGCAACAUCGAGAAAUACGGCAUUCAGUUGCUGAAGACCAUCAAGCCUAUGCUUCAUGAUUUGAACACCUACCUUCACAAGGCCAUACCCGACACCAAGCUCACCAUUCGCAAGUACCUGGAUGUGAAGUUUGAAUAUUUGUCGUACUGCCUAAAGGUGAAAGAAAUGGACGAUGAAGAAUACAGCAGCAUUGCCAUGGGAGAACCUCUGUAUCGCGUCUGCACUGGAAACUAUGAGUACCGCCUGGUGCUGCGCUGUCGGCAGGAGGCUCGGGCGCGUUUUGCCAAGAUGAGGAAAGAUGUUCUGGAAAAGAUCGAGCUACUGGACCAGAAGCACGUCCAGGACAUAGUCUUCCAGCUGCAGCGCUUCGUGUCAGGCAUGUCCCGCUACUACGACGAGUGCUACGCCGUGCUGAAGGAGGCCGACGUGUUCCCCAUCGAGGUGGACCUCUCCCGCACCACCAUCAACUACAGCAGCCAGUCCUUGGCCUACACUGACGAGGACGAGGGCGAGGACAGUGGGGGAGGAGCCGAGGAAGGAGGAAGCGGCGAAGGCGUCCGGGCAGAGAACGGAGACGAGAAACUGAUCGAUGACGACUGAGUCACGUGACGUGUGUGUGGCGCCACCACUCUCAUGUUUACUCUUAACGUUGUCCGGGUGGGACGAUCAUGUUUGAAUGAAGACUACUGAAAUGCUGCUUUAGGACCUCUUGAUGUUUAUUUUAAAAAUAGUUUUUCCCCACCUGAUCAGGUUGAUGAUAAAUGACUAUGAUGGAAACAGCAAAUGUUUUUGCUUACGAAGCGCAUGUGAUUUGUGCCUUCUAAUUUUAAGUCAGGAGUGGGCUGUGGUUCUCAAACUUUGUUCACCAAGUAGCACCUCAGAAGCUCUCCAAGCACCACCAUGAUGACCAACAGUAGCAUAGUAGGCUUAAGUAUUCAUCCAAAACAUGGCAGAGGUUUUAUUAAACAAGUAUAUGUAAUAUAUUUGGCGGCUGUAACAUCACAGUUUGAACAGUAACACUGUGUUUGAAUAUUUAAUGAAGUGAUUAUUUGGCGUACCACUGGACACAGUUUGAGAAUCACUGCUAAAGAUUUGUGCUACAUGUUUGUUUGUUGGGGCAGUGAGGGAUGGUGCUGCAGCUACAUGUUUGUUUGUUGGGGCAGUGAGGGAUGGUGCUGCAGCUACAUGUUUGUUGGGGCAGUGAGGGAUGGUGCUGCAGCUACAUGUUUGUUUGUUGGGGCAGUGAGGGAUGGUGCUGCAGCUACAUGUUUGUUUGUUGGGGCAGUGAGGGAUGGUGCUGCAGCUACAUGUUUGUUUGUUGGGGCAGUGAGGGAUGGUGCUGCAGCUACAUGUUUGUUUGUUGGGGCAGUGAGGGAUGGUGCUGCAGCUACAUGUUUGUUUGUUGGGGCAGUGAGGGAU